AUAAUAUCUCUGCGAAGUAUUAAUGAACGAGAAGAGAUCAGUUCAUUUGAAAAUUUUGUCCUGAAAAAACAUAGAAAUAUGAUGCUUUUCUUAUUUCGUGUAUCAUCCGUUUGUAUUGAUACUUACAGAUUACAGAUUUCGUUGUAAAUUUUAUCGAUAUAUAAUUUACUAGUCAUCAAUUUUUACAGCAGAUGGCAUUGAUCACAUUUUCCACCCUUGUAAUUAACUUGACAAUACUAAUUGUGUCAAACCGGGAAGUGUAAUGCGUACAUAUUAAUUAUUUGAGAUUAUUUCGUCUGCACGGUCUAUUGUCAAAGUUCCUAAAAUUUGACGUACUCAUUAGUUUUAGGCAAAUAAUUAAUUUAUUUCUUCUGUUUAAAUUUUUUUUUUUUUAAUAUAUGAUCAUCAAUCACAUUUAUUAUUAGUUUUUUAAAGUAGCUGUCACUAUUUCGUAUGUAAUAUGAAACGAUUGAAAAAAUUUCAAACAUGUCUCAGGACAUGACAAGCAGUUUUGCAAUCAAAUUAUAUUCUUUAAUGGACAUAACCAAUCUUUUACCAUACCCAUUGAAUAUUUGGGACAAGAGAAGUAUAAAUAAAGACUUUAUAGGAAACAAUAAUAGGACUAAAAAUGUAGAUAUUCUGCUAGGAUAUUUCAUUUUACUUUGGGCAACUCUUUAUCUUGUGUAUGAAAAAUGUUUGAAUUCGCUACUUCGUCGUAUGCGUGUUCCAUUGACACAGAGAUAUCGGAUAAUUGAAGCAGUAUGGAAUUGUGGAUUUUCCUUUGGUAGUAUUUGCUAUAUCAUGUCUAUGCCUACCAAGAAUUUAAAUUUCUCAUCACAUGGAUGGAAUAUGACGCAUAAGGAAUUGGCAAUUGUUUUGCAUAAAAGUUUCUUUUUCCAUCGUGCCGGUGUUGCGAUUAUAUGUCAUAACGCCUGGAUUCGAGGCUUAAGAAAUCUAUUAUUUGCAUCUUUUAUCUUAAAUAUGCUUUAUCAAAAGUGGUGUGUGAUAGAAAAUGCCUUCCUAUUUUAUAGAGCUGUUGAUAUAAUAUUAAUAGAUAUUUGCAGGAUUCUUUUAUGUACUACUCAAGUUAUUGGUAAAGCUGGGAAAGUAUUUGCUAAAAUAUUAUUCUCGUUUCACUGUCUCACUUGGGUUUAUCUUUACGUAUUUUUUGUACCUAAACUGGUAUGGCCAGAAAAAAUGAAUCAUAUGAAAGUGGAUCUUGCUUUGUGGCUAUGGCUUGCUGCAGAAUGUUUGGAUUCGGUAUGGUUAAAACUUUGUGGAUGUGCUAAAACAAAUCAUUGGCUUGAAAUUUGCCUUUUUCCACCACCUUCUCAAGAAGCUAUUGAACUUGCUAAUAUACAAAGGAGACAUAGAAAUUCUUUAAAGAAAUCAAUUAAUACUAAAUCACCAAAGAAAAAAGAAUUCUGGCAAGCAUUAUUAUGUACAAUGGUGAUUAAGAAGAAGAUCAAUAGAAUACGAAAUGCAAAAGAAACGAACUCUCAAUGCCAGAAUAAUCUCGAACUUAUAUCCGACACGAAUGAUACAGGGAUUGUAGAGGAAAUAAAUUAAAUAAAUUAUCAUAUAUAUUACAUGUUUUUCCAUGUAACAUUAGUUUGUGUUUAAGGUGUACAUUUCUUAAAAUUACUUUUUUUUUUUAUUAUUUAUAAAGAUAUACGUAAUAGUGUUUGGUUGAUAAAUUAAAAUUAUUGUACUUAUUAUUGUGUAUGUGUAUAUAUAUAUAUAUAUAUAUAUGAAUAUUUGCGG